AGACGCGCAAAAAGUCGUAGCUUCAGGUCCACGUCCAAAGACGUACCUGUUGGAACUCGAGCUGUGCAUAUCGCGACGCCGGCAAUGCAGAGAUGAAAGGCUCCAAGUUAAUAAGACCGGCGCAGCAACUGCUGCAAAGCAGGCUGCAGCAGCAGCAGUUUCCUACUACAAAAACCCCCUCGAUAUCAUCACAACUAUGGCAGAUCAGGUUGAACAGCUCGGACACAUCAUCGUCUUCUAAGACAAGCCCCGAGGCCGCCAAAAUAGUAGAUGUUCUGACCGAGGAGCUGGACCUUGAAACGCCCCCCAAGCCACAGCUACAGGACUCGCCCGCCAAAGAGAUCCAGGAAGAGCUUGCCCGAUUCCCACGAAGUUUGCAGACCCUCCACCUGCAGCCACUCCGACGGGAGACCCAGUACGGCAUCCCGUCUUGCGACCUCCAACUUCGGGCGUACAGCGCUCGUCCGAUCGAGUUUUUUAGCGACUUUGCCCUGCGUGCGGCUUACUACCUGGGCCUCCCGGCCUUUGGCCCGACGCCGCUGCCUCGCAUUGUGCAGCGCUGGACGGUCCCACGGUCGCACUUCAUUUUUAAGAAGUCGCAGGAGAACUACGAGCGCAUCACUUUGCGCAGGCUGAUUCAGAUCCGUGACGGAAACCCUGAGACUGUGCAGAUCUGGCUGGCCUUUUUGCAGAAGCAUGCGUACCCCGGCGUGGGUAUGAAGGCCAACAUGUGGGAGUUUGGAGCGCUUGACGCGGCCAAGGAGAUGGAUGAGGCUGCCAAGAAGGCUGCUGCGGACAUUGAGUCGAGCUGGGUUCACUUUGGCCAAAAGAAGCCACUGGGCAGUGUUAAGGAUGUCAAGGAGAUGUUACAGAAGGAGAGAGUCACCUUGGCGGGUGGAAGGUAGAAACUCUGUCAUCUGGUGCAAAGCGCUGUACAAUCAAUCUGUGUAUAUGUAUGAGAGUAUAGAUUCAUUUUCAUGUUGUCUUUUUGA